CGCAUUUCUGCCAAACAUUCAAUACAAAAAAAAAGUGAAAGACUCACUCGUCAUUACAAUUCGUAGUGGUUCAUAACUCAAAUUUUAUUUAUUUCGCGUUAGUCGUUGGUUAUAAUUUUAUGUUGAAAAGUGCCUUAAACUAAGUGGAAUUUUGUGUUAAAAGACUGUGAAAUAGAUGAAUUCAGCCGUUACACAAAUGGGAAUGUUUUAACGAAAGAUGCGUAUUACAAUCAGAUGAAAAAUAAUUUUUUUUUCUUGCUCGAAUCGAGUCUAUACGCAAUAACAGUGUUAAGUGCGAUUGUCCCAUAUCACAUUCGAUAAACAUAUAAUAACCCGAACCGUAGAAGAGCAAAGUGAACAUCAAAAUUAUGUGCUAAAAUGAGUGAAGAGAAGAGUAAAUCGUCAAUAGCGAAUAGUACGCCGAAAGUACACAUGAUGCCCGUUGCAUCAACGAAGGAAGCCCAUUUGAAGGGUCAUGUCGGUCCAUCAGCACUGCGGCAACUGUUACCGAUUGUAUCGUGUUUGCUGUCGUUUGCCAGUGUUUUGACGGUGUUAAUUAUCUACAUGGAUACGACAGAGAUUCGGCACCAACAGUUCCGGCUGAAUAUGUCCCGUGAUUACGAACUGUACGGCGUGCCGCAGGAUGAUCCAACAUUGUUGAAAUUCGUACGCGAAAUUCAUAUGAGAAAGUAUCCGAUGACAUUCCUAAAAAAUCUACCUCCAAAAACGAUGAACCUUACCGAUCGUCAUGAAUUGGCUCCCCAAAUAGCUGAGCUAAUUGGAAAGUACGCGAUAACACGCAAAGGCGGCUUUUUCGUCCAAUCGAUGCCCUGGACAAGCGGAAAUAUGAUGACAUCACCGUGGUUGACCGAAACAUUGAAUUGGGGCGGAUUGAUUGUCGAACCGGAUCCGAAGCAGUAUUUUGAAUUGCGCAAAGAGAAUGCACAUCGGAAUGAUGUACAAGUGGUGCAUGCCUGUUUGUCGUCAACGGGUUUUCCGAAAGAGGUAACCAUUCAUCACGAAGACGAAACCCAUGAUGUCAAGAUCAAUAGUUUGAUUGAUGAAGAUUCGGGAUUUCAUCCUCGAGUGAAAUGCUUCCCGCUGUACACUCUUAUGCUGGCUGUAAAUCAUACGAAAAUUGAUCUGCUCAGUUUGGGUUGCCAAGGUCAAGAAUUACAGAUCCUGGAAACGAUUCCCUUCGAACGUGUCACCAUCAACCUAAUAACCAUUCAUCUAGAAGACUAUUACAAAUAUGAAACCAGUGCCGAUCAGUAUGUGCAAAAUGUUACCACAUAUUUACAAACAAAAUCGUAUAAAUUAGUCAAACAGUUGAGCCACAAUUAUAUAUUCCAGUUGAAUGGAUGUGAUAAAAGUAAGUGUCGGAACAAACCAUAAGAAAUAUUUAUCUAAAGAAAAACCACACACACUGACACCACCACCAGAUAUGAGAAGAAAAAAAAAUUAAAUCCAAGACAAGAGAGUUUUACUGUGACAUUACAAAACGAAAGAAACAUUGGGAAAUGAAUGAAAUUUGCAUUUAAGUUAUAUCUCACAAAAAAACAGAACUGACGAAGCACAUGAUUUUGUAAAUCGAUUGUGGUAUUUAAAACUAAAAUUAUUUUUUGUUGGUUGUAAUUUAACCAAAAUGACCAAAUCCAGGUCUGAAUAUUCGUAAACGAACACGGGAAAAAAUUUAUUUAAUUUUUUUUUUCUUUGAUGAAUUUGUUUCAAUGAUCUCGUAAUUGCUAAUUCCAAUAAGAAAAUCGAACAAAACUGAAAGAAAAAUAAUAAUC